AUGCAGCUCGCCACUCCGGUGCCGCUGCCAACCGCACCGCCACCCUCGGCGGGUGCGGCUGCCGCGUGCAAGAAGGACUUGGCCGUCGGCACCUCCAUCCCCGCCAACAUGCCGCACGCCGUCUCGGUCUCGCUUCCGCUCUGGAGCGACAACAUCGACUACGAGGAAGGACGUCUCUCCAACGCCAUGGAGACCGGCUACCCGCGCUUCUUCAUUCAUCGCUCCAUCCAGCGCCUCGGAUCGCUGCUAUCCAAAAAGUUCGCCCGUCCAGACGAAGCAUGCAUCCUCUUCCCCUCGGCCAAGAUCGCAGACCGAUGCCGCGACUACAUGCGCACCCUCGCCGCAUCACCCUCGCCACUCCCCAUCCGCAUCGUCCGCUUCUCCAUGCUCGAACACUCGGCUUCUGCUCCGGACGCUACUUCCAGCUCCAGUUCCAGCACCGCAGAGCACGUCGCCGACCAGCUCGACGCCACCCACCACCACGCCUCCAGCACCACCGCACACUACAUCUUCAUCGUCUUCUUUCCCGCACAUCUCUUCCCGCUCGCAAAGAGCUUCUGGCAGCACACUGGCGACGGCAUCUCCAGCAGGCAGGCCGAUCGCUGCCUCUCGCUCCUCGAGCACUCGUCCCGAAAUGCCGACCAGCACGACGUUGCCAACAAGCCCGCUGCAGCUGACACCGCGCCCGCACCCGAAUCGGCAAUCUCAAACUCGACCGACGACAUGUACAAAAAGUCGGCAGGCAAGCGCUUCUACAACCGCUACACGCGCACCAACAGCCACACCGCCACGCCGUCGCCCAAUUCGAGCGCACCUCAGACUCCGUCCAGCAGCGGCAUCCUCCAGCGCCCCUCCACGGCGGGCGAAGAUGCUGCUGGCGCUGCCGCCGUCGCCUCGGUCGAGCCCGUGUCGUCGGACCUGGUGACGUACGUCGAGGAGCGCUACGGCCGCAACCUGCCGCUCACUUCGGCACCCUCGGCCAAGCUCGCGCUGCGUCGCAGGAUCGCCGGCACGCUGCUCUCGGACCGAUCCGAGCAGUCGGCCACCGAGGCACCGGGCGACCAGGUGGGCGAGUCCGGCCGCACCGGCACGGGCGUCACCGAAGACGACGUCUUUCUCUUCCCCUGCGGCAUGUCGGCCAUCUUUCACGCGCACCAGCUCGCCAUGCGUGCUGCGCCCCGGCUCGUGCGCGCCGACAGUCCGGCGGAUGCGCCCCCGCGCGCGGUGGGCAAGAGCGUCUGCUUCGGAUUCCCCUACACGGACACGCUCAAGAUCCUGCAAAAGUUCGGUCCCGGCUGCCACUUUUACGGGCUUGGCGUGGACGAUGAUCUGGAUUCGCUGGAGGAGCUCUUGCAGACGCAGCAGCAGCAGCAGCAUGCGUCGGGGUCGGGGGAGGCGCCCGUGUUGGCGUUGUUCUGCGAGUUUCCGUCGAACCCGCUGUUGCGUUCGCCGAAUCUGCCGCGCAUCCGUGCGCUCGCCGACGCGUACAACGUGCUGGUGUGCGUCGACGAGACGAUCGGCAAUUUUGUCAACGUCGAGGUGCUGCCGUAUGCGGACGUGUUGGUGAGCUCGUUGACCAAGGUGUUUUCGGGCGAUGCCAAUGUGAUGGGUGGCAGUCUGGUGUUGAAUCCCAAGGGGCCUCACUAUGCUGCGCUCAGGGAGGUGAUGCGCGAGUGGUAUGAAGAUACGUACUUUGACGAGGAUGCGAUCUUUAUGGAGCGCAACAGUCGCGAUUUCAUCCGACGCAUCGUGCGCAUCGAUGCCAACACGCGUGCGGUGACCGAGAUGCUCUGGCGCGCAAAAGAGGACACGCACAAGGGGGUGGUCAAGCAGCUCUUCUAUCCGCGCUAUCAGACGCCGGAGAACUACAACGUCUGUCGUCGACGCAAGGCGUUUACGGAGCUAGGGGCAAUGGAGGGUGAUGGUGGAGGUGGAUAUGGCGGGUUGUUUUCGAUUACGUUUGCGAGCGAGGCGGCUAGCAAGGCGUUCUACGAUACGCUGCAGUGCGCCAAAGGACCCAGUCUCGGCACCAAUCUCACGCUCGCCAGCCCCUACACCAUCCUCGCCCACUACGGCGAGCUAGAGUGGGCGGCGCAGUUUGGCGUCGAGCGCGGUCUGGUGCGCGUAUCCGUUGGCCUCGAGGACCAAGCGUUUUUGCUCAAGAUGUUUGGCGACAGUCUGGACGCUGCUGCCCGAGCCCACGCUUCGGCCUAA